AUGAGCAACAAGACUACUACACCGGUUGCGUAUGAAGAUCCGGUGUUGUAUUUUUCCGUAGUCAGUAGUAGUCUUUCUAUAUUAGGAUCGUUUGCUAUAUUUGGAUCAUAUUUUCUGAUACCGGAAAUACAGCUACACGGAAGCUUGUCACGUGCCUUACUGUUGCAGACUUCAUAUCAGCAGUCGGUAAUUAUAUGGUUUCUUAUGUUUAUCGGGUACCUCGUAUCAGGUAUAGCGCACUUUGCAAAUGUUCAGGACAGUGUGUGCACUAUUCAAAGCGGCAUCACAACAUACUCGAGUAUUGUUUCCUUUUAUCUUACCGUUGCCAUAGCAAUUCAUAUAUUUGUCGCCGUGGUAUACAGAAAUAAUAGCACGUCAUCGUGGCAGUAUAUCCUAUGCGCUAAUGUGGUCAGUUGGAUUUUUCCAGGUAUUAUAACAGUGGUUGCUAGGGCAAAAAACGUGCUUGGGAGAGACGGUCACUCAAGCGUAAACACGGGUCCUUGGUGUUGGAUAUCACAUGCAAAACAUGACUACGUCUUCUGGAUAUUUAUGGCGGGAAAGGGAUGGGAGUUUUUAUGUUACCUGAUAACUACUUCUCUUUAUGUCCUGUCGCAAUUUUACAGGUACUUAAAAUACAGACGGUGGACAUUUAGGGAAAUACAUGAAAAUUUACGUGUUGAAGACAAAAAUUAUCUUUAUGUGUGGUUUUUGCUUUAUAUACUCCGAAUAUGGGGAUCCAUACGCUCCAUGAUGAAUAUAGGUCACGUGGACUCAGAGAUGCCAGGAUCAAUGAUCUCACAUGUAUUGAUGUACCUGCAAGCGCUUGGUGAUCCUGGUCAGGCGUUUUGUAAUGCUGUACUAUUUUGUUUGCUGGAUGAGACGGUGAGAGAAUAUAUUGUUGAAAUGCUACAGAAAUGUUGCAGAAAUCCACGAAAUCUUAGUACUAACGGGGAGCGAGCUAGACUAGUUCCAGCUCUUGGAAAUAACAUUCUUGCAAACCACAGCUACAUUGCAACAGACGAAAUGACUGACUUAUCUCCCAUAUCUCGAUAUAAGUCUACAAAAGCUUCUAGAUCAUUUGGCAAGUACAAUAGAGUGAACGUUUCGGUUGUCUAAAAUAGCGUUUUUCGUGCGUGCGUUUUUCGUAUAUCGUGCGUGCGUAAAUCGUGCAACGUGCGUUUGUUGAAACGCUUUCUCAACCGUGCAUCGUUUACAAGCUAUUAACGUUUACCGUAUUUCGUGUAUCGUUUUUCGUGGUUUAAAAGCGUGUGUUUGUUAUCUCCAGAAACGUUUUGCGUGCGUUUGUGUUCGUUUUAUAAUUACUUUUGAUUAAAAUCAGAUGAGACAUUUAUUGGUAUUUUCAUUAUUUAUGUAUGUAUAGUGAAAACUUUAUUAAUACAUUGUACUAUUUCUAUAUUUUUGUACAAAUAAAAAUAGCUAGCCUUUUUUUGUUAGAUAAGAAAAUUCUAUGGUGGCUAAUAUGUGCCAUGUUGCACUUUUGCUUCCCUAGGCACCAGGCGAAAACUAUAAACUUGAAAAUACGACUAAGAAGUUUUGUUGUAUUUUUGCCCGGCGCUUAUGGCAUUUUGUCUUUUUUCCAUGUCUUCGUAUAAAUAACGAUAUACAUGUAUAUAACAAAAAAUUUAUAUUUUAAUCCGGUCCGAUACAUCCCAUGCAUAAGUAUAACGAGUCUAAAAGUUUGGUCCAAAGUGUCCAAUGUAUCUGAUUUAACGUGUCUGGUAGGAAAUGUCCAUUGUCCGGAAUGUCCCAUUUCCAACUCAACCACCAUAAAAUUUAGUGCACAAAUUUAUUCAGAGUGCAAGCAAACACCUACUCUAUUAGGAAUCUGUAUUGGGAUUGACUCUGUCUGAGAACUGGAUGUUGAAACCGUCCAUAACAUACAUAUAAAUAAGACAUAAAUAAAAUCAUUAAGAAAAGCUGUCCCAAAGUUAGACAUGGUAAUCACAACAGACAGGCUAAGCCAGCUCAGACUCGGUUUAAACCUAAAUUAAUAUUCAGAGUCAUGACCCGAAAUACCCUAGUGCAUGGUGUAAUAUGACUCUUAUCACCUAUAUUUGAUUUCUUUUUUAUUAAAUUUUUAGAUUUGUGACCGGUUUUCAAGCAUCAUGACUUAAAUUAAGCAUAAAUAAUAUUUUAAAUCCCCCUAAAUACCCAGUAUUUUAUAAUUUUAAUUAAAUAGAGUCCUGAAGAUAUUUAUAAUGAAAUCUUAAGCUCUUUUACACUGCCCCAGUAAAUGCCACGGUAUCGCUACGGCGUCUUAAACCGGUGAACCGAGGGGUUCCGUGGUGUUUUUCCGAAAAAUCAAAUUGCGUGUACACAUCCCCCACAGAGCCUAGGUGUAUUCCCGGUUCAGUAGCCGAUAAAGCACCUGAUGUAUGGGGUACGUCCGAUGCUUACCGUUUGAUCCCGGUGGAGACCCGACUAGACACAGAUUAGUCACGGUCAAUCUCAACCAUCGCAGAUUUCGCCACGGUUAAGCCUCGGGUGAUACCCGUACUGUCCUUGUGACGCCCCAGUAAUGCUUCAAGUUUAUGAGAAUCAAACUGCCUGACCACGUUGACAUCAGUCUUUUGGUAACAGACAGCAGAGAUGCCACCCUAUAAGGAAAAGUGGGCAAAGUUUGUAAAACUAUGCUUACACGCCUUCAGAGGUUGAGGUACCUUUGGAAACGAUUAAAGGAAGGACAGUGAGGAGAAGAAAUAGCAGAAUGGCCCUUCUUUGUCUUCACUUAACAAAAUUAUCCAAAGUAGCACUUCGUGUGUAUAUACACCUGUUCUUUAAAUUGCCUGUUAUCGACAUGAGGUCACGACACCGCCGUUGUAUAGCCGCGACUUGCCGGCAAUGUGCGUGACAUGCCCGGGACAAUCGGAGCGUUGUCGCUAAUUACCGCAAUGUACCCUGUCUCAUCAUAGCUCUCCCUGUUUAUACUGUGGCGACAUCAUGUCAUCACCGGGGCUCCGCCAUGUUUUGACAUUGAUUUACACUCAUCCCGGUUUACUUGGGUUUGUUACAGUAUGGAUGCGGUAUAGAUACGGUGAUUGCACGGUGUCUCCCGGUGCCCAGCCGAUAGAACACGGUUCUGUGCUUCCUUCCCGAUGAGUGCCAUUAGGCCACAGUUGUAUUAAACACUUUAAUACAAUGGUGGCGAUCUCCCGCGUUUGUCCCGGUUCACACAGGUUUGUCCUGGUACUUCACAGAAUCGCUUCAUAUCUACACCGGUUAACCAUGGUUGAUCCUGGUGGACUAAACCGUGGCAAACCGCGACGCCAAAUUCCUAGCCACACCGGCUAAUUCAAAACAUAUUCUUUUUUUAAAGUGACAAAAAGCUAAGUUCCAGACUAGAGAAAGUUAUUUCUGAUUUUGAAUUAUUUAAAUUACAUAUAAUUAAAAUAGAAACAAUAGCUAGAUAGGACUUAUUGUUGUGUAUACAUGUGGUACUUUUAGUUUCUUCAAUUUGGCCUUUUUUCAACUUGGGUGGUUCCAGUAUUCCUACUUGAAUACUGUAUAAUGACCCUUAUGAUAUGUUGCCUGCUUUUUAAAUUUGUCUUUUGACGUCUUGUCUGUGAUACGCAGGCUCCAUAACCUCAGAUUCCCUUUCAAAAUUCCAUUUUAUUUAGUUCCGCCCAUUGUUUUCUCGUUAAGGGCACACGCAUUCUUUUACUUGGGGACCAUACGCCGCCUUUCAUGGAAUGGCACUAUUGUGUCACAUUGAAGGUUCCAUGAUAAUCGCCGUAUGAACACAUCUGCGGAUGUCUCUAAAUUCAAAAUUUCAUCAUUUGUCGUGUUUAAAUGUUGAAUUCUGCUUAAGCCGGUGCAAGGGGGCGUGGACGGUAAUUUGCACUUUCCAGUCCGUCCAUGAACAGGCUCAAUCAAACCGAGCCUGCAACAUGGCUUUCUUUAGGGAUUCUGUAUUUCUCUAUUUGGUUGCCCAAGAUAAUAAGCAGACCUGUACUUAAGAAUAGACAAAGUCAAUGUAUUAUCAUUUUAAUUAUCAUAUAAACCAUGUGUAAACUGAAACUCUGUAAAUA